AUGGCUCUUUCGACACAUGAUAAAGGCAGGGUCAGUAUCGAACAUGGCGAAGAAGGGAAAUCGUGUGAGAAAAUGACUCUUUGCGUCCCCGGACAAACGAAGACAUCCAAUGCCAAAGAGUUAACCCAGGAGGAUCUGGACAAGCUGGGCAGUGAGCGAGCUCUGGUGUCCGACUUCAAACAAAUGAAGUUAGAAAAGGAUGCACAGAAAAACUGGGACUUGUUUUACAAAAGAAACACGACGAAUUUCUUCAAAGAUAGGCACUGGACCACCAGGGAAUUUGAGGAGCUCAAAGCCUUUCGAGAGUUUGAGUCCCAGAGAUUGGUGCUGCUGGAAGCUGGAUGCGGUGUAGGAAACUGCAUCUUCCCUCUGCUGGAAGAAGACCUCACCAUCUUUGUUUAUGCCUGCGACUUCUCACCACGAGCUGUUGAAUUUGUUAAGCAAAAUCCUCUGUACUGCCCUGAGCGCUGCUGUGCUUUCCAGUGUGAUCUGACUAAAGACGAUCUGAUUGAAAAUGUGCCCAAGGAGAGUGUGGAUGUAGUCACACUCAUCUUUGUUCUGUCGGCUGUUCAUCCUAACAAGAUGACGCAGGUUCUGGAGAAUAUCAGCAGGGUGCUUAAGCCUGGAGGCAUCGUCCUUUUCCGGGACUAUGGCCUGCACGACCACGCCAUGCUCAGGUUUAAAUCGGGCAGUAAGCUGGGGGAGAACUUCUACGUCCGCCAGGAUGGAACACGGUCCUACUUCUUCUCUAGAGAGUUCCUGGCUCAGCUGUUCGAGGAGGCGGGCUUCCAGUCUGUGACUAACGACUACGUUCUGAGAGAGACUGUCAACAAGAAGGAAGGCCUUUGUGUUCCGAGGGUGUUUCUGCAGAGCAAGUUCACCAAACCCGCACAGACACACUCCUGA